AUGGCAUUGACUGAAGAACAGGUCAAGAUCAUCAAGUCCACCGUGCCUGUCCUACAAGAGCAUGGCACCACCGUCACGACAGCAUUUUAUAAAAACAUUCUCAGCGAGAAUCCAGAGCUAAAUUCGGUUUUCAACACUACAAACCAGCUCAACGGCCACCAGCAAAAGGCCUUGGCUGGAGCUGUCUAUGCUUAUGCUGUUCAUAUCGACAAUCUGGGUGUACUAGCCCCGGCCGUCGAAAAUAUUGUGCACAAACAUGCCUCUUUGCAUAUCCAACCGGAGCAUUACAAAGUCGUCGGCACUUAUCUUCUUGCUGCGAUGAAAGAGGUUCUAGGUGAUGCUUUAACCCCCGAAAUCCACGACGCUUGGGCCGCAGCAUACUUCCAACUCGCCGAUAUUUUCAUUGCCAAGGAAGGCGCAUUAUACAAAGAAACUGAAGGCUGGGCCGAUUGGCGAGAUUUUAUCAUUGAUAAAAAGGUAUCAGAGUCGGAAGAAAUCACUUCUUUCUAUCUGAAGCCCGUUGACGGCAAAUCUCUCCCUGAGUUCCAACCUGGACAAUAUAUUUCCGUACGGGUGGAAGUUCCAGAACUCAAACAUCUGCAGCCCAGACAAUACUCACUAAGCGAUAAGUAUUCGCCGGAGUAUUAUCGAAUCAGCGUUAAGAAAGAGACAGGCCUUGACCCAAAACACCCAGAAACAAAAUACAAUCCAGGAUGGAUAUCCAACAUCCUACACGACGUUAAGAAAGAAGGGGACGUUAUCCAAGUAUCUCACCCGCAUGGUGUUUUCUAUCUCGCAGAUGCGAAGAGUUCGUCAUAUCCAGUCGUGCUAAUCGCGGCCGGCGUCGGCCUGACUCCAUUGACAUCGAUGUUGAACACGAUUGCUGCAAGUGAGACAGCAAGCUCACGUAAAGUACAUUUUAUCCACAGUGCUCGAAAAGCCAAAUCUCGUGCUUUCAAAGAACACCUUCUGUCUUUAUCAAAGCAGUUUCCUAAUCUGCAAGUCACCUUGUUUAAUACAGCCCCAUCGUCUGAGGAGAAAGAAGGAGACGACUAUAAUGUGAAGGGACCGAUUGACCUGGGAGCGCUGGACAAGAAUGAGAAGUUGUUUUUGGACGAUUCCUCCACGCAAUACUUUGUGUGCGGUCCUGAGGGCUUCAUGACUACCACGACACAGUCAUUGAUAGGCCUCGGUGUAACGCCUGACCGAAUUCAUAUGGAGCUAUUUGGCACUGGGGGUAUCCCAAGCGCGUAG